CUUCUCUCUUAUAUUGACAUUGGUCUGGGUCGAACAUGAUCACAGAACACCGCUCCUCAAUUGCUUCACAUUGUCGGGCUAUCCACAAAACCCGAUCACUUGAAACAAAAUAAGCUGGCAAAGGAAAGGACCCACCGCUCAGUCCCACGAAAAAGGGGUUUUCUGGGGAACUAACACGUUUUUAAGACAAGAAACCCGUAUACUACAGUAAAGCGUUACACAGUAGGUGUUGAACUUAACUAAUCAAAAGCAGUUGAAAGUGUAACAUGUAUAUGCACGUUAUAAUGCGCGCGAGCAUUGGAUUAGUAGGGUUCUGUCUGGUCGCCUUUGUCCAACAGCCAGCUCGCGCUUCGGGAAGCAAAGCCUCUCAAGAUGUGGAUGAGUGUGCUGAGGCUCUUGACAACUGCAGCAUUGAUGCCAUCUGCCAAAAUACACUCAAAUCAUACAAAUGUAUCUGCAAGUCGGGCUACAAGGGAGACGGAAAGCAUUGUGAAGAUCUAGACGAGUGUGCCACGGAGUAUACUGGUGGCUGCGUCCAUGACUGCAUCAACAUCCCGGGGAACUAUAGAUGUACGUGCUACGAUGGCUUCCGUCUAGCACACGACGGACACAACUGCCUAGAUGUGGAUGAGUGUUCGGAGGGGAAUGGUGGAUGCCAGCAGAUCUGUGUCAACAUGAUGGGCAGCUAUGAAUGUCGCUGCAGAGAGGGAUUCUUUCUGAGCGACAACCAGCACACCUGUAUCCAGAGACCUAAACCAGCGCCGCCAGGAGGAACUAAGGAAGGGCCCACCUGUAUGGAUAAGAACCAUGGCUGUGCCCACAUCUGCCGUGAGACGCCCAAGGGAGGCAUCGCCUGUGAGUGCAGACCUGGCUUCCAGCUCACCAGGAACAUGAGGGACUGCAAGUUGACCUGUAACUACGGCAACGGGGGUUGCCAGCACAUCUGUGAAGAGACUGAUCAGGGGCCCAAAUGUUCCUGCCACAUGAAGUUUGCCCUUCACACUGACGGAAAGACAUGUGUAGGGGAGAGGAGUGUCCAGCCCCCGGCAGUCCCUCAGCUGUUUUCCAAUGAGACCUGUGCUGUUAACAACGGUGGCUGUGACAGCACGUGUCAUGAUGCGGUCACAGGCGUCCGCUGCAGCUGUCCUGUCGGCUUCACUCUGCAACCAGACCGCAAGACCUGCAAAGACAUUGACGAGUGUCGUCUGAACAACGGGGGUUGUGACCACGUGUGCAGGAACACUGUGGGCAGUUUCGAGUGCAGCUGCAAGAAAGGCUACAAAUUGCUGACCAAUGAAAGGACCUGUCAAGACAUCGACGAGUGUUCCUUCGACCGGGCAUGUGACCACUCCUGUGUCAACUCCCCUGGUAGUUUCCAGUGCUUCUGUCAUAAAGGCUAUGUUCUGUACGGCCUGGCACAUUGUGGAGAUAUUGACGAGUGCAGUAUAAACCGCGGUGGAUGUAAAUAUGGCUGUGUUAACACGCUGGGGAGCUACGAGUGUACCUGUCCCCCUGGAUACAAGCUCCACUGGAACAAGAAAGACUGCAUCGAGCUGGUAAAAUGUCUGUCUGGACUUGUGGCUCCAAAAGCCACUCUGACCUGCAGCAAGACGGGCAAGAAAGAAAGCUGUUCCCUCACCUGCGCCUCCAAAGCUCAUUAUCUGGCAGAGUCUGACAGCAGCUACUCUGUGAGCUGUGGCAUUCCCAUCCUCCGGGGCAAGAACGCAUCCAGGCUGAACACCAGCAACAGUCACAGCUGCAUUGAGACUCUGGCCCCUCCAGUGAAGCAGACGGCCUCUUUCAAGAUCAAAGAUGCCAAGUGUCACCUCCACCCCAAGCUAACUGGCCGGGCAGAGGACAGGGGCCGGGCACUGGGGCCAGGAGGUGGACAGCCCUGCACUAACUGCCUGGUGACGUUUGUCAACCUCAAAUGUGACUCUUCUAAGAAGGCUAAAGGGCGACGUGCCCGUAACCCUACCAACAAGGAAGUGACACGUAUCACCCUGGAGCUAGAGGCAGAGGUCAAGCCUGGCGACACCACAGGGAGCUGUAACCUGAGCUGUCUGAGGCAGCGCAUGGAGAAGCAGGUGAAGACCUACAUUAAGGCCCUGAAGAAGUCCAUCAACCAGGAGCGCUUCCUGAUCCGUGUGGCAGGCCUGGAAUACGAGGUGGCCCAGAAGCUGCCCCAGACCACCUCAGGACAGGACAACUGUGGCCCCGGCCGCGAGAAGGACAGUGGGCGCUGUGUCAGAUGCUUGCCAGGCUCUUACUAUCAUGGGGAGCAGGAGCGCUGUGUCCAGUGCCCACCUGGCACAUUCCAGGAAAGGGAGGGUCAGCUGGCCUGUGAUCUCUGCCCUGGAAGUGACGGGCAUGGACCUGCGGGGGCACGCAACAUCUCCUCUUGUGCAGGCCAGUGCCCUACUGGUUACUUCUCCAAUGAUGGGUUCAAACCCUGCCAGCCAUGCCCCCAGGGCAGCUACCAGCCAGACCUGGGCCGCACCCUCUGCUUCCCCUGUGGUGGUGGGCUAGGCACCAAGAGGGAGGGGGCCAGCUCCUUCCAUGACUGUGAGGUCAAAGUUCAGUGCUCUCCUGGCCACUACUACAACACCACAGUUCACCGGUGUAUUCGCUGUCCCCUGGGCACGUAUCAGACAGAGUUCAGACAAAACUACUGCAUCUCCUGCCCGGGGAACACCACUACUGACUUUGAUGGGGCCACAAGUGUCUCUCAGUGCAAGAACAGAGAAUGUGGCGGAGAGAUGGGCGAGUUCACAGGUUACAUUGAGUCACCCAACUACCCAGGGAAUUACCCUGCCAAUGUGGAGUGUAUCUGGAACAUCAACCCUCCGAGUAAGCGCAAGAUCCUUAUCGUGGUUCCUGAAAUCUUCCUGCCCUCGGAGGACGACUGUGGAGAUGUGCUUGUUAUGAGGAAGAACUGGUCUGCCACGUCCAUCACAACUUAUGAGACCUGCCAGACAUACGAGCGACCGAUCGCCUUCACCGCACGUUCCCGUCGCCUCUGGAUCAACUUUAAGUCUAACGAGGCCAACAGCGCCAGGGGCUUCCAGAUCCCCUACGUCACCUAUGAUGAGGACUAUGAACAGCUGGUAGAGGACAUUGUGAGAGAUGGUAGACUGUAUGCCUCAGAAAACCAUCAAGAAAUUCUUAAGGAUAAAAAGCUGAUUAAGACUUUAUUUGAUGUGCUCGCCCACCCUAACAACUACUUCAAGUACACCACUCGAGAGUCCAACGAAAUGCUGCCUCGCUCCUUCAUACGCCUCAUAAGCAGCAAAGUCUCUGCCUUCCUGCGACCAUAUAAGUAGUCAAUACACAUACUACCAAUUACCAGAUCUUGCCCCUCGACACAGGCAACCACACCCCUUUCACAGGAAGUCAAACACAAAACUUUUUUUUUUUUUUUGAGAUUUGAUUUCCUAAGGCUUUGAGAACACACUUUCCUAUGCAGCUUUACCAGUUGUUUGGUUUCUUGGUUUUGGUUUUUCCCAAACAGUCAUUGAGGUUAGCCAGCUCAAGACAAAGCAAAGGCUAACUGAAGGAUUUUUCUCUCUCUAUAAUAUUUAUCGCCGCCCCAUUGUGUUGUCAUUCUUGUUUUGUGUAGAUGGCCUUUUCCGUCCUUUCCUUAGUGGUCCCUUGUUUUUGCAGCUAGGGGUGGGUCUGUGGUUUCAUCUGUAAAGUCUGUGAAAGGACAAAACAGAAAAGAGUGGGACUAUUUGAGAAAAGAAGAAAUGCAUUAGAAGGGUGAUCAAUUUGCCACGAGGUUUGGGCUGAAACUGUAUCAUGCUUUUUCCACCUGAGUUUCAGCUGCAGCUCUACCAUAGUACGACAGAGGAUGACUCUGCUCUGACCAGUCUGUUCCUUUGAGGCAUCUUAGUCCUCAGUGAGCUCUCCUCAAGGAGGGGGACCUGGAGGCUACUGUUACAUUCCACUUCAUUCAAAGCUUUGUUAUAUUUGUGCUCUUAGAGCAACUCCUUAUUAAGGUAUUACUGUUAAAACAGUUAUAUUGUAUGUGUUUUCCUCCUGUCAAUAUUGUGUAACUGUUACCUACCUUUACAACCUUUCUGUUAUUCUAUAUUCAAGUUAACUUAACAAAGCGUAUAAAAUGUAGUUUAUCAUUUCCAGACGAAAAUGGAAGUUUUGGAGAGGAAAUGGAUAACUAGAUUUGGGAGAGCCACAGAAGAGACAGAGAUGUCUUUUUGGGCUAUGCCUAUGUGAGCGAGAGAGACAGAGAAAUGUCUUUGAGGGACAUACGUUUGCUGCUUCUUUUAAAAGGUCACUUUAAUUUUUCAAUCUCAAGUUGUCUUUUUGGUGUAUCUGACUUAUACCACACUAAAUAGUCUGUUGGUUUAAUAGAAGUACAAACAUCUCUAUCACCAGUUCUUCUAAAAAAUAAAAUUACACACACCAUACGUCUCUCCGAGGACCACCAUUUUUUUAGUUUUUAUUUCAAUCUUGUAAAUAUUGAAAAUAAAUUAGACGAGGGUUAAAGUCUUUGAUCCUAACUAGCUUGAGCAGGUCCCUAAAUGAUUUUCACCCCCCCCCCCCCCUCCACUCUAUUCCAAAAACAGGAGGCCCCCUCCCACCCCAGCUCACACAGCCACUGUCAUCCUAUCCUUGUCCAGCUAGCUCUUCCAAAGACUGCCCCUCAGGCAGCCCAGUUUAGUAUGCUGUGGACAAGAACUAUAGAGCCUGCCAUCCGACCCUAAGUGCAAUGAAUUAAAGCAGUACUACUUCAUUUAGUUAUACUCUUCAUAACUUGUGAAUAAUUGAGACCAGAGUUGUGGGUGUUUGCAGAUGUAACUAUUGUAGUUAGGAUCCCACAGCAACAUGAAAUCCAUUUAAUUCACUACUUUACUCCCAAACUAGACAAAACAUGAACUUAUUAUGAAAUACUGAAUGUCCAGAAACGUAAUAAUUAAACACCUAAAUAUAACAAGGGGAUAUCUCUUUUACACUUAGAACUUAUUUUGUGAUUGGUUUAAAAUAAACAGUACAUUUCAGUCCACCAGAAGAGUCGAGCAAUUCUCCAUUUAUUUGGCCUUGCUUCAAACUCCUUGCUCUCAAAAUAAUAGACAGAACCAUCUAAAUGAAAUUACAUGUAACAGCCUGCAAAACUGCAUAUAUUCAUGCUAAUUAAAGAAUCUGUUAUCAACACCAUACAAAUGUCAUUUAAAUACAUUGAUAAUUGAAAAGAAACAAUAAAUGUAACUGAACUAUUAGACAACCGUGUUAACUUCUUUAAAACAUUAAAUAUGCCAAAUUGAUUGAGAAAACAAAUGUAGUUUGUGUAGUAAUUCUUUUUGCUGACAAUGGCAUUGUCAGUGUAAAGCAAAUGACAAUGAUGGUAGGUAACCAUGACAUAGUCAACAUUUUGUUGAUAAAAGAUUUAACAGAAUAUCACUGCUCUUAAGUAUGGAAUGGAUAUUCUUGGAGGCCCUUUGACAUUUUUAUAUUUUCCAUCAUUGUAAAUAAAAUAAAAUAAAAAAGGUGUACUUCAAAAGUUAUCGUACACUACCUUCACUUAGAUGUAAGCACAUGAGCUUUGGGAUAAGAAAGAGGGGAUUGUUACCACAUUGUUUCAGUCAUAGACAUUGCCAUGCAAUCUCACGGUAAAGAACAACUGUACAUCACACGAACACAGCCCUUUUGUUUCUUUGAGUGUUAAAAAAAGACCAGCUACUAAGCUGUUUAUCUUCGGUUGCUGAUGGCACAGUGUCAAAUUGAUUUCCUGAUCCAAGAAUUUAAAUGUCAAUAUCAACCAGGUCAUAGCGCUCACUGUCACAACCCAACUAUGCCCCACCCUCUUCUCUCUCCUCCUGCAACCUGAACACAACGGUUUUGUUUGCCUUUUUAACAAGAGUUGAGUUUGCUAUGAUGUAUCAUAGAGUGGAUAAUGGUAUUUGCACUUGAAAAUUGUUAU